CUCCCGGGAAUUGUGGUUCAGCUGCGCUUGAGAAGCAGCCUUUUGCUAGAGCGAAGAACUACACUUCCCAGUGUGCACCGGAGCAGCUUCCUUGGAAAACCCACGCAGUCGCUGCAGAUGCGAGUACGGUCCGCAUCCCCAGGCUGAGGGUGAGGAGUAAGUUCUGUGGAGAACCCGGCGGAAAGAUGCCGGUGGGAACCCGCGAACUGGCUUCUUCGGGGAAAAGGACGGAUCUUUAUCGCUGGAAACGAUUCACCAAGAAGGCGAAUCCCAAGCAUGAUUUUGACUCUGAGAAUUUGGAGUACUGGACAAAGAGGGUUGAGAAGGCCUCAGAAUUUGCAGUUUCUGAAGUAUUUUCUCCAAGAAAUGCAAAUGUUCCCAGAAGACCAUGGGGCAAGGUUGUAGAUUUAGAAACAACAGAGCAACUUGUGGACCAUGAUGAAGCUCAUGAAGAAGCUCAGGAACUGCUUAAUGACUGGAUGAACUCAAAACUUAAAAUGGAAUUAACAAAUGAUAAAGAAGAUGAUGAGGAGGCUGUGCCCAAUGUUACUUCUUCACCAGAAGAGAAUGGUACUGUUGAUCCUGUGAAGUAUGAAAAUUUUGAUGAUUUGUAUGGUCAUUUGGAAGAGGAAGAGGAAAGUACCACGGUGAAACAAUUUAUAGACCAUCUUCUCCAUAAAGAUAUAGUGGAUUCUGGGGUAUUGGAAGAUCAUGGAGUGAAAGAAAACCAAGAAAAGAAAAAGCAGAAGGAUCCCUGUCUUAUCAUGGAGAUGAGACAUAAGCAGGUAAAGGAAAAUCGUUUAAGAAGACAAAAGGAAUUAGAGCGUCAGAGGGCAGAGAAGGCCCUAAAAAAAUCAGCCUUCACAGAAGCUCAGUAUCUGGUACAAGAAGAGAAAAAAAAGAAGGCUCUGAAGGUGAAGAAAGAAGAGGAAGAAAUUCAAAAGGAGAUGGUAAAGCUGCGGAAACAAAUGGUUGAGAGAAGGUGUACUGUUCAGGAAGCAUGGAAAAUUGAGAGGAAGAAGCAAGAAGAGAAAUCUCAGAAACGUCUAGAAAAAGUAUCCUUCCAAAACACUCAAGUUUUACUGAAUGAAGAAAAAGUAGCAAAAGAAAAAAAGAAAAAACAGCAGGAGCUCUUAGCCAGGAUUAACUUGGAAAACCACCAGUGCCUACAAAAGUAUUUCUCUGCCUGGAAGAAGAUGGUUUUUGAACACAAAUUAAAGAUGAAGAAAGCUGAAGCCCUAGCAGAUUGGAAAUGUCAGAUAAAGUUCCUACAAGCCUGGAGGAUCUACACAAGAAUUCAGAAGUUGGCACAGGAGACACAAGCCAUGGAGGCUUCUGUUAAGGAGCAAGUCAGAAAACAACAACUGGCAACAGAUUUCAACAGGAGAAGAAUUCUAAGACACUACUUUACACAAUGGCAGCACUUAUAUAGAAAAGAAACUGGAAGGAGACAGCUAGAAUUGAAAAAAGAAGAAACUCGGAAGAAAAUGGAUGAGUUGCUGAAGGCAGCAUCCCUAGGGAAGCUUAGUUCAAAUGGAUUUUGUGACAUAUUAAAUAGGGAAAAAAGGAAGUCUCAAAAUCCAUCUACAAGAAAAGAAGAGGUGCCUGUGACCUUUUCCCGAGAAAAGCCUUCUGGGAGUGAAGGUUCCAUAAGCAGUCCUCCUUUAUGCAAAAAACCCAAAUCUGUCAUCCAAGUUCCCAUACAGCAAGCCCCUCCAAACUCCCCAGAGCUUCCUCACUCCAAUACCCCAAGUUGUGAGUCCUUGCAUCAGAUUUGCAGCGGUCAGCAAUCCAGAACUCCCAGCCAGAAAUCUGUGUCCCCUUACAUGGGCCAUUUCCACAACCGCCACAUUUUCCAGCAGCAAGUAAUUGAAGAGCAAAAGAAGAAACUCCAGGAACAAAAGAAAAUUAUCCUUGAGCUACAGUUAAACCAGAGGCUAAGAGAGGCAAGAGAAGAGGCCGAGAGGGCCACAGCCGUGACUGCAGCCCUCACCCGGCUGAUGUCAAACCCCAGAGAGGAGAAGAUGAAGAAGGGGUGCCACAUCCUAUCAAAUUCACCUGGUCCAUCCUCUGGGAUUGACAGCCCUAAGGCUGAUUCUCAGAGUCCACUUAAUGCAUCCAGAAAGAAGUCAAAGCAGUUGCUAACACCUCACCCCAUUCUGAAAGCCAUGGAGGAGAGAGCUGCUCAGAGGAGUGAACGUAAGAAAGUCUUAGCAGAGAUCAAGAAAAAACAAGAAGAAGAGAAAUUGGUCACAGGUAAAAAAUUGGGGAAUCUGGUUCUUUCUAUGUAUUUUCCCCUUAAAAAGGCUCAAUUGAAGGCUCAAGAAGAAGCACGUCAGAGAAAAGAAGCAGAAGAAAAAGAGAUCCAACUUGAAAAGAGGCGAGAAGAAAAAAGACUGAAGAAAAUGAGAGAGCUAGAGAAGCAGAGGAGAGCCGAGAGGAACCAGCAGCUCCAGGCCAAGGCCAAAGACCAUUACGAGCGGGCCCUGCUGCGGGGGAAGGGCCUGGAGCCCUGGAAGAGACUCCUGAGUCAGAGCAAGCACAACAUGGAGGUGGCAGAAAAUCAUUAUUGCUCCACAAUUCAGAGGAAAUACCUACUGACCUGGUUCCAUUAUAACCAAGAAAGCCUGGCCAAGAAGAAGGCCCAGGCAGAUAAACUUUACUCCCAGAUACUGCUUAAGAGAGCCUUUAGGAGCUGGUUAGAGUACAAGGAUUCUCUAACUAUUGCAGAAGAAAAAGCAAGAAAAUUUAAUGCUGCAUUUCUUCAGAAGAACAUUUUUAUGUCGUGGCUUAAUAUGGUCCGUGAGGAAAAGAUUGAUGCUCAGAAGAAGCUUCAGAUCGCCAUCAGGCAUAGUGACAGGAGAAUUCUUUCAACCAUAUUUCAGACAUGGAAAAAACUUCCAAAACUUAUGAAAGAGGAAAAAUUAAAGGAAGAAAGGAGGGAGGAACUCCGCAAGAAAGUAGCUGAAAUCCUUCCAGACUUCAGGACUGUAAGCUCUGUGUGAAGAUGAGCAAAGCAGGAACGUUAAGCUCAAGCAUCUUAUGGAUGAACAACUUCUCAGUGCCAGGGAAAAAACAUCAAUAAGUAUGGGGCCUUUAGGAGAAUUAUCGUUGGCCCCUAAGGCCUAUUUAGAUGUUAUUACUUAAUGUGUUUGCCAGAAAUUAUUUGGAACAAAGGACGACUUGGAAACAUUCUGGGAUCUUAAAUUUUCCUCCUUGCUUUCUGCUACAUUGCUAAUCAAAGGAGCUUGCCAGAAGCUUUACCACAAAGGGGUCAUUCCAUAGCAGAAUUUCAUAAGCUCUAGAUUAUCUAAAUUCACUUCCCAUGAUCACUUGGAACCACUCUUUACAUGCAGACUGCCUGAUUUUAUAUCAUUCUGAGCACAUGGAGGAAAAAAAUGAGCCUUGAUAAUCUGACAAAGUAUGUUGUAAUACAACCCUACCUAUAAAUAAAGUAUUUCUGGAAUGGUA